UAUUAUGGCGUUGACCCUAUUGUGGUAGUCUUCUGUAUUCUGCGUUCGUGUUUAUUUCGUGUAGUGUUGCUAUGUGUCUCUUUGCAUUUGUGGAUUAAAUUGAUAUGUUUGAUAGUUUGUUUCUUGUGCAUAUCUGUGUUUAGAUAAUAAAUACAUUAUUUUUGCUCUGUGAACUACGAGACAGAAUGUGCUUCCAAGUGUUCCCAGCUCCUUCAGCUGGUGUUUCAGAUUUCGCUGUGGUGAAUAAUGUGACAUGUUUGUAGAAUCGCGUCAGCCAAUAAUAGGCAGAAUGGCAGUUGUAAGUGGUUCUCGCAGAUCUCGUGGUCUGACCGAUAUUCUGCCACAACCUGGAAUUUCGGUGAGUUAUCCAAACUUGAAACCUCUGCUUCUAUUACAGUUGGUAAGUUCGUCUGCAAGUAACCGCCCCUUCAAUAUAUCUCUUUCCUUCAGUUCAUUUCAAGAAGUGCCUCGAAAUUUAGAGGCGAGUAACAUAUGCUCGGAAGGCAAGCCACGCAUCCAACACCUGACUGGUGCGUCGGCGUCGCCCGAGCCAGGCAAGUCGCGCUUCCCCAAGCUGGAAGAAUGCGCACACUUCCAUUACGAACACGUCGAGCUUGGACCAUUACAGGUGUCAGUAUGCCGCGACGAAGACCUGAAGCAGGCGGCGAGCGAUGGUGACUCGGUUAUUGGGGGGACAGCAGUGACCAUCAGGGUGGUGUCGGCCGGACAGUCGUGGCUGCUGCGCCGCACCUACGAGAACUGCCGCAUGCUCGACAAGCAGCUGCAUCGCUGCAUCUACGACCGCAAGUUCAGUCAGCUGCCCGAACUGCCUAGCACACCUCCUGACAAUCAGGAGAGCAUAGAACAGGUGUUGGACGACUACCUGGCGCGGUUCUCGCUGAUAGCGGGCAGCCUGAUGAACUGUGGUCCGGUGCUAAGCUGGCUGGAGCUGGACAACCGCGGACACCGCCUACUCGUCACCGACGGCGACAGUUGCCCCAUCAACACCCCCGCCGUCGCCGCCGCAUACUCCAUCAAGAAGUACCAAGCCAUCGCUGCCGACGAAAUAUCAUUCGACGUCGGCGACAUGAUCUCAGUUAUCGACAUGCCCCCUCCCGAGGAGAGCGCCUGGUGGAGGGGGAAACGGGGCUUCCUGGUGGGCUUCUUCCCCUCUCACUGUGUGGCCGUUAUCACCGACAAGCUGCCUCGCAACCUCAAUCUCAACCAGACGCUCGCGCUGUCUGGGCCCACCAAGCCGGUCCUCAGGAAACACGGCAAAUUGAUAGCUUUCUUCCGAGCGUUUAUCCUCUCGAGGCCUUCGAGGCGGAGGUUGAAGCAGUGUGGCAUUCUCAAAGAACGUGUCUUUGGCUGUGAUUUAGGAGAGCAUCUGCUCAACUCAGGACAUGAAAUUCCAAUGGUGCUAAAGUGUUGUGCAGAGUUCAUAGAGAAACACGGAUUGGUGGAUGGAAUUUAUAGGCUUUCUGGAGUAACUUCUAAUAUUCAGAGGAUCAGAACGACGUUUGACGAGGACCGCAUACCUGCGCUGUACGAGGACGAGGCGAUCCUUCAGGACAUUCACAGCGUGGCGUCGCUGCUAAAGAUGUACUUCCGCGAGCUACCCAACCCGCUGUGCACCUACCAGUUGUACAACGCAUUCGUCGCCGCCGUACAGACGCCCGUCUCACCUGACGCAAGCACCGAUCAUCGGCUACUGCGCAUGCGAGAAGUCGUCCACAAACUGCCGCCGCCGCAUUACAGGACGCUGGAGUACUUGAUGAGGCAUCUGGCGAGGGUGUCGGAGAAAGGGCCACAGACCGGCAUGACCGCCCGAAAUAUAGCCAUAGUGUGGGCGCCCAACUUACUGCGCUGUAAAGAGCUGGAAGUGGGAGGCGUAGCUGCUCUUCAAGGGGUCGGGGUUCAAGCUGUGGUCACAGAAUUCCUCAUAGUGUAUGCUGAGCUGAUCUUCUGUAGUGCUCCAUUACCAGCGUCUGUCAUUCCAUCACAAGUGACUCCAAAGCGCAGCCGACCCAAGUCUCUGGCCAUUUCGACUCCGACCAAGCUGCUGUCUCUAGAGGAAGCACAAAGUCGAGCCCUCGCCGCUGGGCGGCCCGACCAAGACUACAUUGAAGUUGGAGGUGGCCCCUCGUGUCUUCCGGCCAAAUACCACACGGUGAUUGAGCUGCCGCGCAAGCGAGCCGGCUCAAAGCGGUCACCCAUCGGCUGGAAGUCACUGUUCUCGAAGGCGGGUCGCCACUCGGGUGCGGCUGCAGUUGCCGGCCGCAAGAGUCGCUCGCCUGCCAACGCCGCCACCAGCGAUGCCAGGAAGACAUCUAUGCCCAGCGAUCUUGUCUUUGGAAAUGACAAAGCUCUGACCGAGGCCGACCUGGCUCAAGGAAGGCGACGCCUGCGACCAGUCAAGAGCGCCGAGUCGCUAGCUUCUGCUUCGGCCAAUCAGAGCGCGCGAUCGUCGGCUUGCUUGGAGCCCCACUCCCCCGCCCAAGCCCCGCCAUCACCCUCCCCCGCUACGGCAGGCCAUAACCGGUCUGUGUCGCAUGACUCCUACUUCGACACGCUGGCUGACACGCCGCAGCAUGUCGCUAAGGCCAAUGCAAACGCAAACGGUGGACAGCUCUUGCACGAGGAGGAUGAGGAAGGAUUGUCUCUGUCAUUAGACCUGAGUGACCUGCAAGUGAACUUUGACCUUGAAGAGUCUGACAUGAGGAUUUUCUCGGAGGAUGAGACUAAUCAGCUGUUCAGCAGUCAGAAUAGUGUUGAGAUUCAUAAGAGACAGCCGGUGCUAGCGAGAUGCGACGACACGUUGAGCAGUGACCCUUCGCCCAAGAAGCACAAAACGGGGGCUGCAGCGCCCACCAACCAGAACAAGCGGUCGCGCCUCGAGGAGCGAUUCUCCAGUGCCCAGUUGCGCUACAUCGAUAGUCAGUCUCCUGAACAGACGGUUCAAGUCGACGUUGAAGUACACAACAGCAGCAAGCAGCAGCAGCAGCAGUCGACUAGCAGUCCUUCCCUCGUGGAGGCGACCGUGUCAGAGAACGAGAGCGUGUCAGUGUCAGGUCUGACAACACCCGACACACCACGCCUCAUCUACACUCCGCUGACAGAGGACAGCCUUAGCGACGCGGUUCAUACCCCUGACUAUGUCCCACUCAGCAGUCAGCACUCCAAGUUGUCUCCGCUACCCUCCCCCUCGCACCAGUCGAGACCCCGCGACCGGCUCAGCUACCAGGGUGACGUCAGAGCCCGCUACGAGAAUGUACCCGGCGACCGACACAGCUUCCAGGACUGUGUGCUCACCCGUGAGGAGUCAAAGUACGAAAAUGUUCCAUUCAAGAAACUGCAGUCCACUGAUUUCUUGGACAUGAACACGCCUGACAGUGUCAGCUCGGGCGUGAAGAGUGAUGAGGUGAUGUACGAGAAGAUCAAGAACGAGGAUGCCAGUGAUAUCUAUGAAGCUGUCGACAACUCACCGCACACAACCCACAAAAGUGAAAAGUAUUAUGAGAAUGUUGGCAUCGUCGACAGCGGCUAUGAGCAGGUGGCGAAAAAAGAAGCGAGCUCCAGCUACGAGGAGAUCUCGGACAAAGAGUGUCUGCUGAGUGAGAGCCUGCUGCGAGGUGGCAUCAGCUCGACGAACCUGCUCGCCGAGGAGAUGAAGACUGAAAACGAGUACGAGUGUCUAGUGGCGAGUGAGCGAGCAGGUGCUGACUCGACGAGUGCCGAGUGCUUCAGUGACAAACGAGUUGCCGUACCUGACUCCAACCACAAUGUGCCCUCGCCAUCUAUCGGCAACGAGGAGAACUUCUAUGAGGACAUUCAGUCGACCUCUUUGCCAGAAUCGAUAGUCUACCAGCAAGUGAAGUACCUGAGGCGGUCGGUGCACGAGAUCAAUCAGCUGCUUGAAGAAUCGAUGGAGCCGUACACAGGUGAGGAUGUGUCAUCGCUUGAGGAGGAAGAAACAGCUCUGAUCAGUCCGACCAGUAACGGGGUUGACGACCAACCGACCUCAGCUGGUCAACCGUCUCAACAGCUGUCCAGUCUCAAAACACACAACGACCAAACUUUGUCUCCGUUUCUGUCUCAGAGCUUCAUCGAGUCGGAAAGUGUUAAUAAUGUUUCCAGUCUGAACGACGAAAGCAGUGUGACACCAUUGGUUGAUUCAACUAACCAACACUGUUCAUCGACUGAGAAUCUAAUCGACAUGGAUGAGUCGAUGAAUUCUAGAAGCAAACCGAUACCCGCCGAGGAAAUGGUAUCUGACACACCCUACCAAUCCAACUAUCUGUCAGGGGCAGCCGAUAACAUGUCUACAACUGGUGACAUAUCGACGUGUGAGGUGAUGGAGAUUAGUUCUAAUGAAACCCAACCAAAGAAUUCGGAAGCGUCGACACUGAGUAAUGCCGAGUUGGCGACGACUGUGAGCAGCAGUAGCAGCAGCAGCAGUCACGUGCAUCUGGCCAAACACAACUCGCCAACCCGCAACAUGGUGCACAGCUUGGAUGAGAACCGGCGCAAGUUCGAGUCGGAGAUCGGCAGGGAUAUUCUGAGGGAGAGGAAGAUGCGGCAGGAGCUAAAGGCUAACUCUAGUAGUACAGGUAAUUGCAGCAGCGGCAGCCAGAACGUGCAAGAGCUGCUGUCGCGCUUCGAGUGGUCGCGGCCAGAGCGCAGCAGCAUAGCGCCGUGUCUACGCGCCAAGCUCAACCGCCAGAACAGCAAGGAUUCAUCUGCAUCUGUCCCCCCCACCAUGACCACCUCCCUCGACGGAAACACCUUCCCGCAUCGCAGCGACGAGGUGUCGUCCGCCCCUCCCCAGCAACUGGCUCGCGUCAAAACAUCGCCCGAUCUCAACCACAACCAGCAACCGACCGAGUCGAAACCAGACGAGUCGACCUCGGCGUCAGUCGACUCGGAGUCGGUUCGCCGAGAACGUAUAGAAAAGUACAAAGAGGAGCGUAGGAGCUAUCUGAGAAAAAAGUACCGCACCGAUAGUUUCAACAAUAACGAUGACAAUGACGAACUGAUCAGGAGGAUAAAACAGAAGGUGAAGAGUCGGGAGGAGGGGUGUGAGGAAAGUAAUUUGAAUUCUGUGGGGGGUUGUCGGGAAUCCAUGGAUGCUUCCGAGUGGAAAUCUAGGAGAAGGGAAGGAGGGGAGGAUCGACUGGGAUCGCCCGAAUUGGAAAUGAGGUUAGGGUCGAAGAACGGCGAAAAUUCUACUACGGUUCCUAUCGUGAGAACCACCGUCAGCAUUACCUGCUCUCCGGUUAAAAUGAAAACGGCCACCGCCUCACGAGAGAGGAGCAUUAAGUCGGAAAGUGAUGCUUGUAUAACUGUUGUCGCCCCCCUUAAGACAACAGUGGAGAAAAGGCCCUCGCCAGCCAGGCAUAAAUCGGAGGAGCUGCCUUCGACGUUCAGUAUUAGGAAGGAGGAGCGACGCAGCUGGCGAGCUGAAGGUGAUGAGGAGGAGGCCAGUCUGGUGGCUCGUCGUGUCAGCCAGCUGUCCACCUCAGCUGACAGCUCGGCUAACAGCUGUCAAGACGAGUUUGCGGCUAGGCGCCGGACAUCACUCACCGAGAGCAGGAAGCCCAUUGUCAGUAGCAGUAACAGCAACAGCAGCCUCGGGAGACAGAGAGCGAAUAGCAGCAGUGCCAAAUCAUCGCCCUACUGCAUCCGAGAAAUGGCAGCAAUGUUUGAGAAUAGGGAAAAGUAGAUGACAGCGAAAUAGACCAGGCGAAACUCAACACUCAAUCUACUUCAACAAAUCAUGGCUAGUCACUCAAUUGUUCAAUAUUUAGCGAAAUCAACUAGAAAGAUGAAUACAAUAUAAUUUAUAAAUAGGCUAUAAUAUAUAUUUUGUAUUACUAAAGAUAAUAUAAAUUUAAUAGUGUUGCUUUCCAUUUCAGAAUGGAAUUAUUGUAAGAUACAUUUAAUUGUGGAGAAUGAUUUUCUACAUUAUAAUCAAUAGGCAGUAUUCCGAAAAUAUAGUGAAUAGGAGAAGCUUCAGCAUUACCCAUUCAGCUAGAUGGAUUGCAUUUUCAAAACAUUUUUGUCUUACAAAAACAUACAAAUUUCAACUAGCUUUGAAUUUACAAUUUCUUAUAAGAAAGAGUUGAUAAUGGGAUAAAAUCCUUUUUUUUCUUUUGUUCGUAUGCAAUAUAUUUAUUAGUAAUUUACAAAAUGAAAUUCAUAAUUUGGGAACUUAUUUUGCCAGUCAAAUACCUACAAUGUAUUAUUUGUUCAACUAGGCCUAAUACCAGUCUUAAACUGAAAAUGAAGUCAAGUGCAUAACUACUGAUUUAAUCGCCUUUUCCAUUUUAUCAAAUAAAGUGGUUAUAAACUGGUUUCUACCAACUAUAUGCUUUAGAUUUCCCGAUUCUUCAUUUUCUUCUUUUGGUUCGUAACCAUUUUCUCGUUUAUGCGUUUAUAAAAAUUACAUUUUUGAGCUUUGAGCUUGUUCUUCAACUGAUAAAGUCUUAUGACUGAUUAAGUCGCAUGACUAUAACACUAUAACAUUAUUUUCCAUCAUUUUUUUAAUAUUUCAAAGCCAAGAAAUUUUGAUUUUCUUGAAUGAAACUUGAACGUGUUCUGGCUCAAAAUACUAUAAGCCUUCUUGUAUUUUUGAAAAAUACUCGAUUUCAAAUUUGUUCUUUUAGUGAAAGCACCUCUUAAUGUUGAUCAAAUAAAUUUGUUAUAACAACAUUUUGUUUAUUAAAUUUGAAAAAAAAUGUUGAGGAUAUUCUCAAUAAUCUUGAAGAAUUUAUUUAUAAUAGCCUACUGAUGGCAUAGAUUAGUCGUUUGUAAAAAUGGGCAAUUUUACCAUUUUUACAGUUUUUCCAUGUCUACAUGAAUCCUCAAUGCUUCUGCAAAAUACGUCCUAUCUAUAAGACAAUCCAUUUUAUAAUCGAUGUAACCUUAGAACAGUAAUGUUAUAUAUACACCUCAAGUACUGUACUGUAUAAUGCUGUCUAGUUUCAUUCUACGGCAAUUCCAGUAGUUGUAAAAGAACCUAUGUUCAGUGCUAACUGUUUCAUAGUAACGAAAAGACCAGGCAUUGUUCUUGAGCUACUUUUUACUACUGUUUCUUAGACUUGCCAAUGUAAUAACUAACUUCGGUGUGGUUAAAAUCAUGAAAAAUCAUAAAAAACUUCAAAAGUUUGAAAUUAUGUUCCUAAUUUUUCACGUUUUUCUCAUAGCCUUCUUUGAUAAUACAUGUAAUUCACAAGAAACUUGAGUAUUAGUAUUGUAAGUAAUAUUUUGCAGUUUUUCGCUUCUCAUGUAAGGUUUUGUUAAAUUUUAAUUUUUCUGAAAAUUCUAUAAAAAAAUUUUAUAUUUUCUAGAAAACCCUGUUAUUACUCAUCUCCUAUAAAAUCAGGUCAUCAUUAUCUCAUUAAUAUUCCAUGAUAAUAUUUUUAAUUUUGGAAAAAAUAACAAAAUUAUUUAAAGUAUCAUCUUCCAAAGUAUUUAUAGCAUUAUUUGUAUUGUACUGUGGGAAUUGCAGAUCAAUAUUUUUUAAUUACUACCGUACUUAUUUUAGUGCAACCUCCACAUUGUAUUUUAUUUGUAAAAACGAUAACAUAUUGUAAUUGAGUAAUAAUGAUGUUAAGAAACAUGGAUUAUUGUUGUUCAUUCACUCCUGAUGGAUUUCAUAUUAACUCAAGUACUGUACCUAUUUUUUGUAAAUGAAAUAUGACCUCGGGUUUUCUAAAAUCUUUAUUAUUCAUUGAUUCUAAAUCAUAGAUUCGCUAAUAUAGCCUUACCUCUUAAAUCAUUUUCAAAUAAAAUUUCUAUUUCAUAAUUGCACACUGUUUCAAGUGUGAUACAUAAGAAUUACCAAUUAAAACCGAUUUACCAUUAAUAAUAAAUAAUUACUGUAAUAUAUUUAUAGCAAAUGCAUUCCAUAUACGGUAAUGUAGAACCAGGAUAGAAUAUUGCUACUCAAUGUCGCUUGGAAUUUACAUAUUUUUUAAUUAAUAUAAAUUUUACUGAUAAUCGUUUCUUAUUCAUGUUAUAAUUUAUUAGAAGCAAAUAAAAAAAUGUUAGUUGAUUGUAUAUGCUUAUGCUAGUUAAUUUAGUUAUUGUUCAAAUAUUUGUUGUAUUUGUUUAGUUAUUUGAAUAAUUAUUGAUAUUCGUGUACAUAGUAUUAUUUUUAAAUUUAUUUUGUUAUAACUGUUGUACAAUGUCGGUCUAUUUCGUUUUUCAUUAUUGUUUUGUAUGAGUUUUUGUUGUUUUGAAUUUAGACUUUACAUUUUGGUAAAACGAGCGACUGUCUGAAUCUGUAUAUUGAGAGAUUAUCUCACAGUAAUUACAAUAAUAAUAAUAUCUUUCACUAUAAUUAUUAGCAUUUCAAAAUCAAUUUUUCAAAGCUCAAUACAUUAGAUGAUUUUUUAUCACUAUAUUUAUACAUCCAGAAUACAUUUUGCAAUCAAGACCGGUUCCAAUAAGCGUGCUUGGGUAGUUUGUGGAAUAAAUCAAUUUUGUGGUGCAAGUACUAUAUAAAUUACAUAAAUGAAGUUAAUAUCAAAGAUUGUGCCAAAUAUUAUUUUUGUAGGCCUACAUUGAAAAUCACAUCAAACAUUUCAAUUUCUUAUGAAACAUUUCGUCUACAUUUCAAUCUACCUGUUGAUAAUAUGCCUAAUGAAUUGGUAGUAUGAAUUUUCAAUUCUAAAAAUAAUAGAAAAUCAAUCGUUAGCACUUAUCACAAUUCUUGGGCUCAUUGAAUAAUAAAAUAUUGAAUAUAUUUAAAAUAGCCACUUUUUGAAGCAUCUUAAUCUUGUAAAAAUGUAUAGAAAUUUUCAACAGAAAAUUCAUAAAGUAGUUGCAGUUCAGAUAUGAAUAAUUUACAUAAAAAAUGUAAUUCAUGAAGACAAUUAUUUAAAGUUUCGCUACUCUUACAUAAACAAAUAUUGUAAAAAUUUAGUAAUUGCAGUAUAAUAUUCUGGUUCUGUUCUAAUAAUAGUCAAAUUCUAUCAUUACAGUAGUAGGCCUAUCAUUUCAGAAUUUUUCAUAAAAGAUUAUUACUUAAUAAAUUAGUUUAUCUAACUGUAAUUAUAUGAGAUCUCAAUAAAAAAAAUUGCAAUGGAAAAGUAUUUAGAUGUGAAACGAAAUAUUUGUUAUUGAAGAUUUAGUAGGUUCAUUGAAUUUUAGAUUCAUUUUUCAUAAAUCUGGAGUAGAUUUAAAUAACAUUUGAAGACAAUAAUAAUAAACUCGAACUACUCAAAAAUUAUAUUUCAACAUAGACAUUUUCAAGUUCAAUAUUACAAUUAUUUUUACAUAAACUAACUUCUAACAUUAUUUAUCAAUAAGGAAUCCAAUCAUUAUAACUAAUGAAUUCUAGUAGACAAUGUAUUACUGUAGUGGUUGCCGUAUCAUUUGUAUGAAGAUAGUAUUAGACACCAAAGUAUCAGUCUUCAUACUUCAUAGUAAAAAGUGAAGUACAGUAAAUCGACGAAGAUUUUAUAAACUUUUUGCAUCCAAUUAAUAACAAACUUUUGUUUCAUAAAAUAAUAUUGUAAUAUUUUUGAACUAAUAACCUUUUUCCUGAUACAAAAUACAAAUGCAUUCUCUGAUUCUUAUGAAACCUCAAGGGUUAAUUAGUUGUAAUAACUACUAAGAUCAAUCAAAAUUAAAACAUUGUAUUUUUUUUACUUUCGCAGCAUUCAACGUUUGGAAUGUGGAAUUAAAAUAACGCAUAAAUUAAUUUGAGUUAUGUGAAAACUUGUAGAGCAUAAACAAUAAUACGAUUAACAGUGAUAUAUGGGACCCAUUUAGAAUUUAAUAGCUUGAUUAACUAUUGUGUAUUAUGACAAUGAUGUAAUGUAUAUUUGCUACAGUUAUAAUAUUAUUUAUGAUGUGUUCUAUCUUCUCAGGGUUUGUGAGUGCAAUUCUGAAUUGGCAAACUCUUCAUCUUGUUAUAAAGUGUUGCACAGAAAAGCAGUAAGUUGAAAUCCUGAGAAGAUACUGUACAGUUUGCAAUCGAUGGAAUGAUAAUGGUAGGAGAAGUUGUAACUAUAUAUUGUAAAAAUAUUUUUUGAAAGAGGAAUAACUACAUAACUAUUAUUAGGCUGGAUAGUCUUUGUGAUUAUAACGAUAAUUUAUUUAUUAUAGUUGAAUUACUAAUAAAAUUUCUGAAUUCAUUUUUGUAGUAUCUGAUACAGUUAUUCGUAGCUAUACUUGAGCCUAUCAGAUAUGGGAUCCAUUAUCCAAAUUGAUUAUGUUUUUGUGAAUUGCUAAAUUUGAAUCUCGCAUUUGUUAUUAUUAUAAAAUUAUAUUUCAUUGGAAAAUGAGCAUAGAUAUGAAGAAAUAAAGAAUCUCGUUUAAUGAUGUA